AUGGCGACAAAUUCAGUUCCGGCACACGGAGAGGAAAUCCAGCAAGCGAUUCUGCAAAUGGCUGACUUGCUCCAACGGUUGGCCACACCGACGCCGAUCAACCAGGAGAAAGUUCUAGAGUCCCUUUCCACAAACAUGAUUGAAUUUGUGUUCGAUCCCGACAAUGGCAUCACGUUUGAAAAGUGGUUUGCACGUUAUUCGGACCUUUUCGACAACGACGCCCGGAAUCUCGAUGACGCGGCCAAGGUACGUCUUCUCUUGCGGAAGCUAGAUCAUGCUUCACACAGCCGCUAUGUGAACUACAUCCUGCCCAGGCUUCCGAAGGACAUCCAGUUCAUUGACACGGUUUCCACGCUGAAGAAAAUUUUCGGCACGUCAACAUCUGUUUUCAACAAACGCUUUCAAUGCUUGCAGCUGGUAAAAAGCGAAGCCGAAGACAUUAUCAGUUACGGAGGAAAGGUAAACCGUGCAUGCGAGGAGUUUGAAUUCGCAAAAGUAAGUAUCGAUCACUUCAAGUGCUUGGUUUUCGUAUGUGGUCUUAAGGCAUCACGCUACGCGGACGUUCGGGCACGUCUUCUUUCCCGCAUGGAGGGCGAGACCGCUAACGCACCGGUGACUCUCCAAACGCUCAUCGACGAGUUCCAGCGACUAGUCAACCUCAAGGCGGACACGACGCUCAUCGAAAAACCAUCGGUUUUGAAGCACGUGGUCCACUCGAUCUCGGAGAAAAAGGAGCAUCAGUCGCAACGUCCAUCGAAAGCAAAAGGUAAGCAACUACCAUCUACACCAUGCUGGCAGUGUGGUCAAGUUCACUACGUCCGUGACUGCCCAUUUUCCGACCAUCGCUGCAAAACAUGCAAUCGCGUCGGCCACAAGGAAGGUUACUGCGGCUGCAUCAAGAAAUCGCCCGGCGUUCCCGAGGGGUCUCCGUGGUGA